AUGCCUGGUGAAGCCACGGAAACGGUGCCUGCCACAGAGCAGGAACUCCAUCAACCACAGGUGGAGACAGGGUCGGGGACAGACUCUGAUAGCGAUGAAUCUGUACCAGAGCUUGAAGAGCAAGAUUCAACCACAGCAACGCAGCAAGCCCAACUUGCAGCAGCAGCCGAAAUAGACGAAGAACCAGUCAGCAAAGCGAAACAGAGCAGGAGUGAAAAAAAAGCACGAAAGGCCAUGUCCAAACUGGGGCUUCGCCAGGUAACCGGAGUAACCAGAGUCACCAUCAGAAAAUCAAAGAACAUCCUUUUUGUCAUCACAAAGCCUGAUGUGUACAAGAGCCCAGCAUCUGACACAUACAUAGUUUUUGGGGAGGCUAAAAUUGAAGAUCUGUCCCAGCAGGCACAGCUGGCGGCUGCAGAGAAGUUCAAGGUUCAAGGGGAAGCUGUCUCGAAUAUUCAGGAAAACACACAGACUCCAACUGUCCAGGAAGAGAGCGAAGAGGAGGAGGUCGAUGAAGCUGGCGUGGAGGUGAAAGACAUUGAACUGGUGAUGUCUCAAGCGAAUGUCUCGAGAGCGAAGGCUGUCCGUGCCCUUAAGAACAAUAGUAACGACAUAGUGAAUGCUAUUAUGGAGUUGACGAUGUAA